AUGGCGACCACGAUAGCUGCCAACAAUGACGCGCCACCGUCGCAAACCUUUACUCUUCAUAUCAUCUCGCCGUCGUUGGGCUCCCAUGGCCCAUUCUCUUUCCCAAACCUGCCGAUCGCUACAACUGUCCAGCAACUGAAGGCCAAGAUCCGUGAGAGGGUCCAGACGAAGCCGCAUGAUGACCACCAGAGGCUCAUCCAUAGAGGCCGCCAAUUGACGGAAGUAGAAACUAUGGGAGAUAUAUUUGGGAAAGAAACACUGAGCAACGAAGAUUCGCAAUCGUUACAUUUAGUCCUACGUCCACCGCCACAAGACCCUCCGCCUUACAUGCCGACUCCCCAACCACGCACAGCUCAACAGAACAGUCAAAUACAAUCACAGCCAGCGCCUUUCCGGGCUGAAAACCCUCCAUUCUUGUUUCAACAACCCCAGCAGACGUUUCCUGCCAUGCGCGCACCUGCCCCAGGUGGCCCAACCGAAACUGCAGCUCACCAGCCUGCACCGGCCAGUCCUCCAACGGUCUACAUACUCUCCACGCCUAGUGGGCCCCAAGCCCUUCUACUCAGCAAUCCCUCCUUUUACUACACUUCGCCCUCGACUGCUACUACUGCCCUGCCACACACCCACCCCGCUCAUACCCCUCAUCAUCACCCUGGACAACAACCAAUCUACCAGCCUCAGCACUUCCAGCCUCAGCACUACCAGCCUCAGAACUUCCAGUCUCAACCCCGACCUCACCCUCAAGCCCGCCGCCAAGCUCAACUACAAGCUCAGCACCAUGCAGCGCAACCAGAACCCGUUAUGAUGGGCCACCAGGGCAACCCCGCCGCUGCAGGCGCCCUCGUCGCCCAGCUCGCACCGCACAUAUGGCUCGUCGUUCGCUUAAUCGGCUUUGUCUGGUUCUUCACCUCCGGCAACACCAGCUGGUGGCGCUGGUGCAUGAUCACAGGCCUCAGCAUGGUCUUCUUCUUCAUCAACACGGGCCUCAUCGACUGGGCCCCUAUCCGCCGCCACCUCGAGAACCUGAUCCCUCUCGCCAUUCCCGGAGUUAACCCCGAGGGCGCGGCGGCCGGUGGAGCUGCAGCAGCUGGGGCCGGGGUGGGUACUGAGGGUAGGGCUGGGGAACUGGAUCCACAGCGCGUUGCGCAGCGGUUGAUAGAGCAGCGGCAGCGUCAGAAUGCGGGGUGGUUCAUGUCGCAGGUGCGGAGGGUAGAGCACGCGACGCUGCUGUUUUUGGCGAGCCUGUGGCCUGGGGUUGGAGAGCGGCAUGUUGCAGCAAGGGAAGAGGAGGAUCAAGCGCGGAGACGGAGGGAGGAGGCUGCUGAAGCGGAGAGAGUGGCUGCAGAGACAGCUGCGCAGGAGGCUGCGCAGGCGGUGGCUGGCGAGGGGGCGGAGGAGGAAGAUGGCGGCCGGGACGCUGAGCAAUCGGAUAUGGCGACGAGUGAGGGACGGAGCACAGCGGAGGAGCUGCUGAAAGCCCAGGGUGAGGCAAGUGGUGAAGGGAUUACCUUGAGGGAAUUACCGGAGUCCCAACCUGAGGGAAGUGGCUAA